AAACUUGGCCCCAUAGUCCCUUUGUAGAAAGAGAAAAUCGAGAAAAUCAAUUUGAAAACAUCGCACAUGCCCACACCACAACAUCGCAUGCCGCGAUCUUCGUGUGUGAUGAUAAACAUUAGCACGCAUGCCGCUGCUGAUUCUGGCACGAUUUUAAAUAAAUUUUAGUAUCCACUAGGUGCAUAAAUCGACGGAUUUGUUUUCAAAAUUUGAAAUAUCCUACAUAAUCUCUAGCAUAGAAAUCAUUAUCAAUUCAAAAAUAACAUGUCGGAGAACAGAACGCACGAUAGUGACGAUGAUGACUGCCAGCUUCCCGCCGACACAAUGCUGGUUCUCCAGCAAUUUCUACGCGAAAAAGAAUUGCGUGAAAAAGCCGAGGAAACGGGCGAGCUUGCCGGCGAUAAAGGUUUCGAGGAGAAUUGGCAAUUGAGUCAGUUCUGGUACAACGAGGAAACUAAAGUUAAAUUAGCGCGAGUCGUUGGUCAUUUCAAAUCAGCAUUUGAAGGAAGGGAUCUUCAGGUGGCUCUGCUUUCAUCUCCAUCGCUCUAUCACCAUGUUAAGGAAGUUGUUAAUAACGUGACCUUAUUUGAGUACGACCAACGAUUCGCAUCCAUUGGAGAGGAUUUCAAACAUUUCGACUACAACCGCGCCACCGAGGACGACUAUCUGGAAGAGUACAGGAAAUCAUUCGAUCUAAUCAUCGCGGAUCCGCCGUUUCUUUCGGAAGAAUGCAUAGAGAAAAUGGGCAUCAUUGUACGUAAAAUCGCCAAAGACGAUUGUAAAACUGUCCUCUGCUCUGGAUAUGCAGUGAAAGAGUGGGCUAAGAAAUUUCUGGGUUUGGAUAUAUGCAAAUUUGAACCGCAACACGAAAGGAAUUUAGGAAACGAAUUUGCCUCUUAUGCUAAUUUCGAUCUGGAUAGUGUGUUAUCAGAAAAGGUGUAGUUUUAUUAUCGGGUUAUAGAUAACGUUACAAAAAAUGAUGCUUUACGA